GAGCGUAUCGAAAUUUUAAACGAAUUAAUGCAUUUUACAUGAAAUUAUUUAUAAUAAAACAUUUAAUUUAAAAUAUUUCAGGCUGUAGAAACGGUCAUAUGACAUUCGAAAUGGUAACUGGCUUCGUAUACACGGCUCCAACCGACACUCUAGAAGUAUUACCUGGAACUUUACAGUUAACCGAAUGUAUGAAUUAUUGUAAAAGGAAUGAAACAUGCCAAUCUAUUAAUUUCGAAACGGGCCUAUGCGUUCUCUUCAGCUCCAGUGCUGUUUCUUCUACAGAAUCUUUAACACCUUCCCAAUUUCCCGUAUUUACCAUAUACGCUCAUAAAAUAUGCCUUACUGGGAGGAGACAGUGCAGUCGAGAGUUGACUUUCGAACGUGUGAUGGGUCACGAACUUCGUGACGUGGCUAGAAAAAGUGAAAGAGUGGAUUCGCGAGUGUCGUGCAUAUCCUCUUGCAUGAACGAAAUCGAAUUUGUUUGUAGAUCUGCCAAUUAUUAUAAUAGUACAGGCAUGUGUGACAUGAGUGAUGUGGAUCGCACUUCUUUACCUGCAAGUAGGAAAUUUGUAGAAGCUGCUAAUCCUUCCGAUGUGGAUUACCUAGAAAAUAACUGUGUUGACGAUGACGUUAAACUCUGCGAAUUCAGAAAAAUACCAGGAAAAAAAUUGAAGACUGUAGAUGCUGUGUAUCAAGACGUGGAAACUUUCGAAGAAUGCAGGCAAAAAUGCCUUAAUGUUAAUUAUCGAUGCCAAUCAUUCGAUUAUGGCGAUCCAUCCAAUAAUAUAUGUAGAUUGAGCCACCAUUCUACGGCUACGUUAACUCAUAUACAAGAACCAUAUCUGGAGAUACCGGGUUCGGUUACAUUCGAGAAAGCGGCUUGCUAUAAUGUAACAAUCCAUUGCGGUUCUAGAGAAAUGACCGCAUUCGUGAAGACUAGUAAAGUGUUUAAUGGCAAAGUUUAUGCUAAAAGUAGGCCUAAUUCAUGUGUAUCCGAUGUGGCUAAUAGUUUAUCCUUCGAGAUCAAAAUGGCUUAUCACGAUCUUAACUGCGACGUCAAGCAAGAACUUAAUUUACAGAGUUUUGGUGAAUAUUCCAACGAUAUCGUCAUUCAACACCACGAUAUGGUGGUUACAACACAGGAUUUGGGGCUUUCGGUGCAUUGUCAGUAUGAUCUAUCGAAUCGAAGUGUGUCGAACGGUGUUCAACUCGAAGUAAACGGAGAUGUAGAUACUACAGGAAGUCAAUCGGCUACAGUAACAUCACCAAAUGUAACCAUGAGGAUUACGGAUCGUCAAGGAAAUGAUGUCUUAACAGCUCAAGUUGGAGAACCUCUAGCACUAAGAUUUGAAAUUAUCGAUUCGCACAGUCCAUUUGAGAUAUUUGUUCGAGAAUUAGUUGCAAUGGAUGGAGUUGAUAACAGUGAAAUUUUACUUAUUGAUAAUGACGGAUGCCCAACCGAUACUACCAUCAUGGGACCACUGAGCAAAGUGAACAGCAAUGGACAAAUAUUGCAAGCACCCUUCGAUGCAUUCAAAUUUCCAACAUCUGAUAUCGUACAGUUUAAAGCUUUAGUGACCCCAUGUUUACCAAACUGUCAACCCGCUAAAUGCACUGUAAGGAAUUUUGGUUUGAGUCGAGAGUUGGAUUCAUUUGGAAGGAAACGUCGAAGAAGAAGUACAGAUGAAGAACUGGUGGUAGUUCAAUCCAUACAGAUCACAGAUAAAUUCGGUUUUGAAAGAAACGAAAGAAAACUUACAGAGUUUGAUUCUAAACAAGAGAAUUCCUAUCCUGAUGAGAUUAUUACAGAAGAUAAGAACGAAGGAUGCAUAAAUACAAUUGGCUUGGUCGUUUCUUGUACGUGUUUCUUACUAGCUCAGUUUGCUUUGAUUCUAGCCUGGAUAGUGCUUUGGACACGAAAAAAGAAUAAAACUUCUACAGACAUAGAUAUGCUUUAUGGAAUUAAAAAUCCCUAUCAAAUGAGGAUGGUUCAUCAUUGAGAUUCUAUGCAUAAAUUGUAGUAAUGUAAUUUAAAUGUAUAUAUUUUUCCUAUUUUUUGGAAAAUGGAAAUUCGUUAAUGGAGUAACUGCACUGUAUUUGAAACAGUGCACAUUUGUUUAAAAACCAAUUUUCUAUGAAAUGUAAUAUUGGUUCUAUGGUUGUAAUCAUCCACAGUUGCAAUUACAUGGGUUUAUCACAAAAAAAAAAGAUUUUAAAAGAUUAAGUCUAAGAUCAGAAAAACAUGCUUAAUAUAUAGAAAAAUGUUUUCUUCCCAUUCUUCUAUGAAAUGACCGUUAUAUCACUUUAUAUCUUAUGAUGAAGUUAUUUCAAUCUGCAAAAUUGAAGUUUAUAGAACAUAUUUUCAAGUGCAAAUGUUUCAGAUCUGCCAUCUUGUAAAGCAACCCAUAAUUCAAUCUAUUCUAAAAAAUGCAUCAAUUAUAAGAUUAAUCCUUGCCUUCUAAAUUGAAUAUUUUAAAUUUAUAUAAAUUAUUAUUCAUAUCAAAUAAUCUGAAAAAUCUCUGUAUAAUGCAGCAAGCAAAAAUGAUAUCCAAUUGUAUUAAGUACAGAAAUGCACAUUAAAAUUAAUAUAUAUAUUGUGGGUUAUACUAUUCUAUAUAUAACAUAAAUCUAAUUAUAUAUCAAGGUUCAUGUUAUAUAUCAUAAAAUCUGAU